ACCCUAAACCCUAUUUUCCGUUUUGUUAUUUUCAUCCGAAAUCUUUGAAGCACGCCUUUCCUCGUACACAGGCGCCUACCGCUGCCGGUCGUCCGCCCAAGUUGACGCUCGUUGCAGAGAAGAGAAAGAGAAGAAGUGAAAAUGAGCAGAGUUGCAGGAGCAGCUGGAGCCAAAGGCGGGAAGAAAAAGGGGGCCACCUUCGUUAUCGAUUGCGGGAAGCCAGUCGAAGACAAGAUCAUGGAAAUUGCGUCUCUGGAGAAAUUCCUUCAGGAGAGAAUUAAGGUCGGCGGCAAAGCCGGAGCCCUUGGCGACUCUGUCACCGUCAGCCGUGACAAGAGCAAGAUUACCGUCACCUCUGACUCCGCCUUCUCCAAGAGGUAUCUCAAGUACUUGACAAAGAAAUACCUGAAGAAGCACAAUGUGAGGGAUUGGCUUCGGGUGAUUGCUUCUAACAAAGAGCGAAAUGUUUACGAGCUGCGAUACUUUAACAUUGCCGAGGGUGAGGGCGAGGAAGAAGAUUGAACUUAGAAUUGGAUGGUAUUUCAUGUUUGUUUUUGGCCUUUGGCUCAACUAUUUUGGAACCCUCUUUUUAGUUACUCUUGUAACCUUGCUACCUGUUGGAGUUAUUAAGUCAGCUUAAAAGUUUCGUUUACUUGCAAAAGGGACAUGUAAUCUAUGGCUUGGCUUUUCUCUGAGCAUUAAAAUUGAGAGUUAAUGGUUAUUCGAGUCUUUAUAUGGUAUUAUUGUCACGUUAUCCUUGGCAUUUUGGA